UACGUCUUGAUAGUGAUGACAGAGUUGAAUUGAAAGAACAGUAGAAUACAAAGGCCAGUGAGGAUACUGAGAAAUAGCUCCUUCAUAUUUAAAUGGAAAAUCUUGCAGAUUAUAUACUAGCUACACUCCAAUCACACUAAUAACAUCUCAAAAUGGCAGAAAAUCCAUCCAUUAACAACAACGCUCUCAAAUUAGCAGACAAAGUAGCCAUCAUAACCGGUGGGGCCAGCGGCAUCGGGGAAGCGACGGCGCGUGUCUUCGCCGACAACGGUGCGCGCGUGGUGGUGAUCGCCGACAUCCAGGACGAGCUGGGAAGCCAAGUGGCUGCAUCAAUCGGCACCCACCGCUGCACCUACGUCCACUGCGACGUGGAAGACGAGGAACAGGUCCGAAACCUCGUACAGUCAACGGUUAACGCCCACGGAACACUCGACAUCAUGUUCAGCAACGCCGGAAUCCUCAGCCCCUCCGACCAGACCGUGACGGAGCUCGACAUGUCCCAGCUGGACCACCUAUUCGCAGUCAACGUCCGCGGCAUGGCGGCGUGCGUCAAGCACGCGGCGCGUGCGAUGAUAGAGCGGUGCGUGAGGGGGAGCGUGGUCUGCACGGGGAGUGUCGCGGCCACCCACGCGGGGUCGAAGGGGACGGACUACACGAUGUCGAAGCACGCGGUGUUGGGGCUGGUGCGUGCGGCGAGUGUGCAGCUUGGGGUGCACGGGAUAAGGGUGAACUGCGUUUCACCGAAUGGGUUGGCGACGCCGUUGACGUGUAACGCGCUAGGGGUGAGCGUGGAGAAGUUGCAGGAGGUUUAUGCACGGUACGCGCGGCUGGAGGGAGUGGUGCUCACUCCGAAACACGUGGCGGAGGCGGUGUUGUUUCUGGUUUCCAGUGAGUCGGAGUUUGUCACCGGGCUUGAUCUUCGUGUUGACGGUGGCUUUGCUUACGGCAAAGACCAGUGAAUCUUGCACAAGUGUAAAGACUUGAAAUGAUAAUAAAAAGUCUGGAAUAUUAUUUCUGGGA